AUGGCGUUUGCGCUGGACAAGCUGGGCUUCCGCCACCUGUUCGGCCAGAGCCCCGUGGAGCCCGUGCAGCCCAACGUGGCGUUCGACAUCGCCAGCCUGGUGCUGUACGGCUGCCAGGCGCUGCCCAUCCGCCUCAAGAUCCUGCUGGACCGCCUCUUCUCCGUGCUGCAGCGCGACGAGGUGCUGCAGGUGCUGCACGGCUUCGGCUGGACGCACGAGGACUACGCGCGCGGCUACAUUCUGCAGUACGCGGACAAGCGUGAAUAA